GAAACCAUCAUCCUCUCCUCCUUCCUUUGGCUUUAUAAUAUUCAGAUCUCAAUUCAAUUCAUUUGAUUAUCUUUCUUUCAAAAACAUGAGAUUGAUGGGUGAACGGUCAGGAUCCACAUCAACCGGGGAUUCAUCAAAUGUUCACAUGAAUUACCCUCUCCUUUCUGCCCUUCUCGCCUUCGCUUUCGCCCAGUCCAUUAAGGUCUUCACCACCCGGUAUAAGGAAAAACGAUGGGACGUUAAGCAACUUUUGGGAUCAGGUGGCAUGCCGUCAUCUCAUUCUGCAACCGUCUCUGCUCUUACUGUUGCUGUUGGAUUUCAAGAUGGUGUUGCUGGUACUACGUUUGCAAUUGCCCUCAUAUUAGCUUGUGUUGUAAUGUAUGAUGCAACUGGUGUACGGUUGCAAGCUGGACGCCAAGCAGAGCUUUUGAAUCAACUCGUAUAUGAACUUCCUGCCGAACAUCCAUUGGCUGAUACCAGACCACUGCGUGAACUUCUUGGUCACACCCCUCCACAGGUUGCUGCUGGUAGCUUACUGGGACUUGUUACAGCUGGAAUUAUUCACUUAAUCUCACAUGUUAAUUGACCUCUGCAGUGUUAUUGUUCUCUAUGAUGAACAAUACAUUAUUCUUUUUAUAUCCUUCAUUCUUUUCAUGUACAUUCUUGACGAUCGGAAAAAUAAUGCUAUAUUAUUUUUUAAGC